AUGUUAGCAAACAUGCUGCAUUUGCAGCAAUCCUAUGGACCUCAAACAGUUGUUCGAGAGGUGAGAACAGAGUAUUCAGAACCACGGACAAUCAUUCGAGAGCAGCGAACAGAGUAUACGGAACCACAGACAGUCAUUCGUGAGGUUCACCAUGGACAAUCUGAUUCCGGGCUGCCGGUCAGGCAAGUGAAAAAGAGAAAGAAGGUUGACACCUCAAAGUUCAUGACCCCUUACCUGGAACACAGUUCCAAGAUGCAGAACCUAUUUAGCCUGAACAAAUACAAGGAACAAUUUGAACGUGAGAAAGGGAAACCUUAUGCCAUCACCAGCGACACACCAGAAUUGAGGAGAAUUCGCAAAGUGCAGCAACAGCUCAGCGAGGUUAAGUAUCGUUCAGAUGGUGACAAAGCCAAGACCAUGUGCCAUGUUGAUGGAAAAGCCCGUGAUAUAGAACAUGCUAAAAAUGUUUCUCAGAUGGUUAGCAAGGUACUCUACAAACAAAAAUGGGAAGAAUCAAAGGACUUGUUCCAAUUGCCACCUGAUGCACCUGAGCUUGUGCGAGCUGUGAAAUUUGCUGAAAAUUUCAGCCCGAAAUUGUACAAAGAAGCCUGGGAGGAGGAAAAGCCUUUCUACUUCCCUUACACUGACAGUCCAGAGCUGAGACGAGUUGCUAACGCUCAGAAAACACUGAGUGAUAUCCAAUACAAGAAAGGACACAGCGAUCGAAUGUCGAAGUACACUGCACUGGCAGAGCCACCAGAUAUGGAACUGGCCAAAAAAGUUUUCAAACAACGCAGUGACCUUAAAUAUCAUGAAGACUACAAUAAAAAUAAAGACAAAUGGAGCCAGACACCUUGCUAUGAUGUUGCGAUUGCACGCAUGAAUUCCAACAAUUUGAGUACAAAACUGUAUAAUGCUGGCUAUGAGGAAAUGAAAGACCAAAUUUACUUCAUGCAGACUGAAACUCCGGAAUAUGAGGCCAAUAAGCGUGCUGGAAAUGCUGCUAGCGCGGUUAAAUAUAAAAAGAACUAUGAGAAGACCAAAAGUCAAACAGAUUACAACACACUACCUGCUACUGAAAAUCCGCUCUUGCAACAGUACAAGCUUGCUGGGAAAUCAGCAAGUGAUAGACUGUACAAAAAAAGUUAUGAGAAAGCUGCCAGGACAAGCAUCAAUUAUUGUGAAACUCCAAAGUUCAAAACAGACCAAGUUUUGAAGGACUUCAGUGAUGUAAAAUAUAAAAAGAAGUACGAUGAAGAAGUUAAGGGUCAUUAUCUUGGCAGUCAUGAGGAUCCAUACAUGCUUCAUUGUUUGAAGGUUGAAGCAAUGAAAAGUGAUAAAAAUUAUAAGGCAGAUUAUGAACUGGAUAAACUAAACUGUUACUUCCCUCAAACUCUUACUCCGGAGUAUGAAGCUAUGAAGAACAGUUAUAAAUGUAAAGAUCCAGUUUAUAAAAUGCAUCCCGAUAAAAUCAAGUUCACACAAGUUGUUGAUAGUCCAGUGAUGGUGCAAGCCCAGAUCAAUGCCAAACAGCUGAGUGAUCUGAAUUACAAAGCAGACCAUGAGAAAGAAAAGUUCAAGUGUACCAUUCCUCAUGAUAGUCCUUUCCUCAUCCAGUCCAGAGUCAAUGCAUACAAUCUAAGCGAUAAUUGUUACAAAUUUGACUGGGACAAAGAAAAGCCCAAGCGCUGCAACAUCAGAAUGGAUUCCAUACCUAUUAUAGCAGCAAAGGCACAACGGAACAUUGCAAGUGAUGUGAAGUAUAAGCAAGACUACGAAAAGUCUCGUGGGAAACAUAUUGGAGCUCAGAGCAUUGAAGACGACCCGAAGAUCUUGCACUCUGUGCACGUGGCAAAGAUGCAAAGUGAGCGUGCUUAUAAAAAAGACUAUGAAGACACAAAGACAAAAUAUCAUUCUCCACUUGACAUGAUCAACGUCUCCCAAGCCAAGAAGGCUCAAAAUAUUGCCAGCAAUACAAACUAUAAGCAACCAAUAAAUCGUUACUUUAUGCCACCUGAUGGGGUGCUUCUGAAUUUGGCUAAGAAUGCCUACAAUUUGCAGAGUGAUGCUCUGUACAAAGCAGAUUAUAACAACUGGCAGAAGGGCACUGGCUGGAUUCCUUUUGGUUCAAUGGAUGUUGAAAAGGCCAAGAAAGCUAUGGAUAUCCUGAAUGAGAAAAAAUAUCGCCAGCCUCCAGAUACAAUCAAAUUCACUUCGAUAGAGGACUCGCCAGAGACAGUGCUGGCAAAGAUCAACCAAGUACAGCGAAGUGAUAUAAACUACAAGGCGAAAGAUGAGAAGACCUUGCACAAGUACAGCUACCCUCCAGAUGUGCCAGAGUUCAUUCAGGCCAAAUUCAAUGCGAUAAAUAUCAGUGAUAACUACUACAAACAAGCCUGGAAGAAAGAUUUAGCAAAGGGCUAUAACCUCACCUUUGAUGCUAUUCCAAUUAUUGCAGCUAAAUCUUCUGGGCAUAAUGCCAGCGACAUUAAGUACAAGAAAGCUUACGAGGCAGCAAAAGGCAAACAUGUUGGUUUCCGCAGCCUCAAGGAUGACCCUAAACUGGUCCACUCCAUGCACUUGGCCAAGAUUCAGUCUGACCGUGAGUACAAGAAAGACUAUGAGAAGAGCAAGACCAAAUAUCACACACCGAUGGACAUGGUCAAUAUUACUACAGCCAAAAAGUCGCAGGAAGUGGCCAGCAAUGCUAACUACAAGCAUUUAAUCCACCAUUACACAUACCUGCCUGACGCCAUGGGUUUGGUACUGUCAAAGAACAUGAUGAACAUACAGAGUGAUAACGUCUACAAAUCUGAUUAUAACGACUGGUUUAAAGGCACUGGCUGGAACCCCUUGGGCUCAAUGGAUGUGGAGAAAGCGAAAAAAGCUGGACAAGUCCUCGAUGAACAUCAUUACAGAGUGCCACCAGGCACUCUCAAAUUCACCAGCGUGCCAGACUCUAUGGAGAUGGUGCUGGCUAAAACAAAUGCACUGCAGCUUAAUGAUAAACUGUACAGAUCUGGAGGAGAAGAGAUCAAGCACAAGUACACCUUGCCCUUUGAUGUGCCUCAGUUCAUUCAGUCUAAAUGUAAUGCUUUCAACCUCAGUGAUAAUUGCUACAAACUAGCCUGGAAGAAGUCACUGGCUAAAGGAUAUCACCUGGAGUCUAAUGCCAUCCCUAUUGUCGCAGCUAAAGCAUCAAGAAAUAUUGCCAGUAAUUAUAAGUACAAAGAGGCCUUUGAAAAGGAUAAGGGCAAACACGUGGGUUUCCGCAGCCUCAAGGAUGACCCUAAACUGGUCCACUCCAUGCACUUGGCCAAGAUUCAGUCUGACCGUGAGUACAAGAAAGACUAUGAGAAGAGCAAGACCAAAUACCACACACCGAUGGACAUGGUCAAUAUCACUACAGCCAAGAAGUCGCAGCAAGUGGCCAGCAAUACUAACUACAAGAAUCUACUCCACCGUUACACAUACCUGCCUGAUGCCAUGGGUUUGGUACUGUCAAAGAACAUGAUGAACAUACAGAGUGAUAAUUUGUAUAAGCAGGAUUACAAUUGCUGGCAGAAGGGGCUCGGCUGGAUUCCAAUUGGCUCACUAGAUGUGGAGAAGGCCAAGAAAGCAGCAGAGGUCUUGGAUGAACAUAAAUACCGUCAGCAUCCAGGAACCAUCAAGUUUACCAGUGUCCCUGACUCCAUGAAUAUGGUUCUGGCCACAGGCAACACAAAGCAGCUUAGUGAUCUGAACUACAAAAAAGCUGGUGAAAAGAUAAAACACAAGUAUACCCUUGACCCUCUGUAUCCCCCAUUCCUACAGGCAAAAGUCAAUGCUCAAAACUUGAGUGAUCAACUGUACAAGAAAGCCUGGAACAAGAUUAUUGCUAAAGGUCCUGAUUUGCGGGUGGAUGCCAUUCCAAUCGUUGCAGCCAAAGCUUCAAGAAACAUUGCAAGUGAUUAUCGGUACAAAGCAGCCUUUGAAAAGGAAAGAGGUAAACAUGUUGGGUUCCGCAGCCUUCAAGAUGACCCUAAGCUGGUCCAUUCCAUGCGUGUGGCCAAGGUUCAGUCUGACCGUGAAUAUAAAAAAGACUAUGAGAAAAGCAAGACCAAAUAUCACACUCCGUUGGACAUGAUGAAUAUUACUGUGGCCAAGAAAUCCCAGGGAAUAGCCAGCAAUACUAACUACAAGCAUCUGAUCCACCACUACACAUAUCUGCCUGACGCUAUGAAUGUGGUCCUGUCCAGGAACAUGAUGAACAUACAGAGUGAUAACAAUUAUAAAAUGGAUUAUAAUAACUGGUUUAAAGGAAUUGGCUGGAUCCCUGUUGGCUCUUUAGACGUGGAGAAGGCAAAGAAAGCAACUCAGUUAGCAAGUGAGAAGAACUACCGUCAACAUCCUGACACAUUAGAAUUCACAAGCAUUCCUGAUUCUCUUGAGAUGGUCUUGGCCAAGAAUAAUGCACUGAUGUUGGAUAAGAAACUGUACACAGAAGCUUGGAAUAAAGACAAGACCAAGAUCCAUAUAAUGCCAGAUUCACCGGAAAUUGUGCAGUCCAAAAUCAACCAGUUGAACAUGAGUGAGAAAUUAUACAGAUCUGGCUGGGAGAAAUCAAAGAAGAAGGGCUAUAACCUGAAGCCUGAUGCCAUUUCAAUAAGGGCUGCAAAGACUUCAAGAGACAUAGCUAGUGAUUACAAAUACAAGCAAGCCUACGAAAAAUCGAGGGGAAAGCACAUUGGCUUCCGUAGCUUGCAGGAUGAUCCCAAGCUUGUCCACUUCAUGCAUGUCGCUAAACUACAGUCAGACCGUGAGUACAAGAAGGAUUAUGAAAAGUUCAAGACAAAGUACAACACACCAUUAGAUAUGGUCAGCAUCACAGCUGCUAAGCAGUCUCAAGCAGCGGUCAGCAACAGUAACUACAGACAUCUAGUCCAUCACUACAUUUCUCCUCCGGACUCAAUAAACUUGGUAUUGGCCAAAAAUAUGAUGAAUAUUCAGAAUGAUCACCUCUAUAAGUCAGAGUACAAUGAUUUUAUGAAGGGCAUGGGCUGGAUCCCCAUUGGCUCGCUGGAAAAUGAAAAGAACAAGCGUGCUUCAAAUAUCCUGUGUGAGAAAAGGUAUCGUCAGCACCCAGAGACAUUCAAAUAUACCAUUGAUAUGCAGUCCAUGCCAAUGGAACUGGCAAAGGCAAAUGCCAAAAUCAUGGAUAUGAACUUGUAUAAGGAAUCUUGGGAAAAGGACAAGGUUCAAGUACAUGUAAUGCCAGACACACCUGAGAUUACCUUAGCUAAAGUGAACCAGUACAACCUGAGCCAGAAAAUGUACAAGCUAAGCAUGGAAGAAGCAAAGAAGAAGGGAUAUGAUCUUCGUGCUGAUGCCAUUCCAAUCAAAGCUGCCAAGGCUUCUACUGAUAUUGCAAGCAAUUACAAGUAUAAGCAUGCUUACGAAAAGGCUAGAGGAAAGCACGUUGGUUUCCGUAGCCUGCAGGAUGAUCCCAAGCUGGUUCAUUCCAUGCACGUAGCCAAGUUGCAGUCUGACCGUGAAUACAAGAAGAACUAUGAGAAGAGCAAGACCAGGUAUCACAUGCCGUUGGACAUGCUGAGCAUUUUAGCUGCUAAGAAGUCCCAGGAAAUAGCCACUAAUGCCCAUUACAAGCAAGCUAUUCACCACUUCACUUACCUACCCGAUGCAAUGGACUUGCACCGUGCCAGAAAGAUGAUGGAGAUACAAAGUGAUAACAAUUAUAAGGCUGAUCUUCAAUGGCUGAAGGGGAUUGGCUGGAGUCCCAUUGGUUCGUUGGAUGUUGAAAAGGCCAGAAAGGCAACAGACAUUGCAAGCGAGAAGAAUUAUCGCCAGCAUCCAGAAAACUUCAAGUUCACAAGUUUGCCUGACUCAUUAGAAAUGGUCCUGGCCAAGGCUAACACAGAACAGAUGAAGAAGAAUCUGUACAAAGAGGCCUGGGAGAAUGACAAAAUUAAGGUCCAUGUACCAGCAGAUUCUCCAGACAUCGUACAAGCAAGAGCCAAUGCAAUCAUGCUCAGUGAUAACAAGUACAAGCUUGAAUGGAAAAAAUCUAAGAAGAAAGGUUAUGAUCUCCGGCCUGAUGCCAUGUCAAUAAAGGCUGCCAAAAAAUCCUCAGAUAUUGCAAGUGAUUAUAAAUACAAAACAGCCUACCGCAAGCAGCUUGGCCACCAUGUAGGUUUCCACAACAUUAAAGAUGAUCCUAAACUGGUCUGGUCCAUGCACCUAGCCAAGAUGCAGAGUGACAGGGAGUACAAGAAGGACUUUGAGAAAACAAAGACGAAGUUCAACAUGCCAGUGGACAUGCUGGACAUCCUGUUGGCCAAGAAAUGCCAGACCCUGGUCAGUGACAUUGACUACAGACGUCACCUGCACCAGUGGACUUGUCUUCCAGACCAGAAUGAUGUGAUCCAGGCAAAGAAGGCCUAUAACUUGCAGAGUGAUAAUGUAUACAAAGCAGACCUUCAGUGGCUAAAAGGUAUCGGAUGGUCUCCUCUUGACUCAUUAGAUGUGAACAAAGUUAAAAAAGCUGGCAAGAUUCUGAGUGAGAGCAAUUACCGACAACACCCGUCAAAAUUUAAGUUCGCCAUCUUGACCGACUCCAUGGAUAUGAGCCUGGCAAAGAAUAAUGCGCUUACAAUGAAUAAGAGGCUUUACACAGAAGCCUGGGAGAAGGACAAGACCAAGGUUCAUAUUAUGUCUGAUUCUCCUGAAAUCCAACUGGCCAAAGCAAAUUCAAUGAACAUUAGUGAGAAACUAUACAAGAAGGGUUAUGAAGAACUGAAGAAGGAAGGAUAUGAUCUAAGAAAUGAUGCAAUUUCCAUCAAGGCUGCAAAGGCUUCUAGGGACAUUGCCAGUGACUACAAGUAUAAAACGGCCUAUCGUAAGCAACUUGGCCACCAUGUUGGAUGCCGCAGUCUUCAGGAUGAUCCCAAGUUGGUCUGGUCCAUGCACGUGGCCAAGAUGCAGAGUGACAGGGAGUACAAGAAGGACUUUGAGAAAACCAAGACCAAGUUCAACAUGCCCGUAGACAUGCUGGACAUCCUGUUGGCCAAGAAAUGCCAGACCCUGGUCAGUGACAUUGACUAUAGACGUCACCUGCACCGAUGGACCUGUCUUCCAGACCAGAAUGAUGUGAUCCAGGCAAAGAAGGCCUACGAUCUGCAGAGUGAUAAUCAAUACAAACUGGACCUUCAGUGGCUAAAGGGUAUUGGAUGGUCUCCUCUUGGAUCGCUAGAUGUGGUCAAGAGCAAAAAAGCUGGUGAGAUUCUGAGUGAGGCCAACUACCGUCAGCACCCAUCGAAAUUUAAGUUCACCAGCUUGUCUGACUCCAUGAAUUUGACCUUGGCAAAGAAUAAUGCACACACUAUGAAUAAGCGUGCAUAUAUUGAAGCAUGGGAGGCAGACAAGACCAAAAUUCACGUCAUGCCUGAUACACCAGACAUUAUAUUGGCUAAACAGAAUCAGAUUACUUGCAGUGAUAAACUGUACAGACUUGCUAUGGAGGAGUCAAAGAAAAAGGGCUAUGACCUGCGAUCUGAUGCCAUUUCAAUUAAAGCAGCAAAAGCCUGCAGAGAUAUUGCCAGUGAUUACAAAUAUAAAACGGCCUACCGCAAGCAGCUUGGCCACCAUGUUGGAUGCCGCAGUCUUCAGGAUGAUCCCAAGUUGGUCUGGUCCAUGCACGUGGCCAAGAUUCAGAGUGACAGAGAGUACAAGAAGGACUUUGAGAAAACCAAGACCAAGUUCAACAUGCCAGUGGACAUGCUGGACAUCCUGUUGGCCAAGAAAUGCCAGACCCUGGUCAGUGACAUUGACUACAGACGUCACCUGCACCGAUGGACUUGUCUUCCAGACCAGAAUGAUGUGAUUCAGGCAAGGAAGGCCUAUGACUUGCAGAGCGAUAACCAGUACAAGUCAGAUCUGCUGUGGCUCAAGGGUAUUGGCUGGAUGCCCGAUGGAUCCCUAGAAUAUGAAAAAGUGAAGAAAGCUGGAACAAUUCUAAGUGAGAAAAACUAUCGGCAGCACCCUGGUACUUUUAAAUUCAGCAGUUUGAUGGAUUCCAUUCCCAUGGCAUUGGCAAAGGUCAAUUCCCAGAAUCUCGACAGGCAUUCAUACACGAAAGCAUGGGAGAAGGAUAAGCUUAAUAUUCACAUCAUGCCAGACACACCAGAGAUCCUGUUGGCAAACCAGAACAAACUCAAUUUCAGUGAUAAACAAUAUAAGCUUGCAAUGGAAGAAUCUAAGAAAAAAGGGUAUGACCUGCGAGCAGAUGCUAUCUCCAUCAAAGCUGCUAAAGCAUCGAGAGAUAUUGCCAGUGACUACAAGUACAAGACAGCCUACCGGAAGCAACUUGGCCACCAUGUUGGCUGCCGUAGCCUUCAGGAUGAUCCCAAGAUGGUCUGGUCCAUGCACGUGGCCAAAAUUCAGAGCGACAGGGAGUACAAGAAGGACUUUGAGAAAACAAAGACAAAGUUCAACAUGCCAGUGGACAUGCUGGACAUCCUGUUGGCCAAGAAAUGCCAGACCCUGGUCAGUGACAUUGACUACAGGCAUUACCUGCACCAGUGGACCUGUCUCCCAGAUCAGAAUGAUGUGAUCCAGGCAAAGAAGGCCUAUAAUCUGCAGAGCGAUAAUGUAUAUAAAUCAGACCUCGAAUGGUUGAAGGGUAUUGGAUGGUCUAUUGAUGGAUCACUAGAUGUAAUCAAAGUCAAAAAAGCGGGUGAGAUCCUGAGUGAGAAAAAUUACCGCCAGCAUCCAGCAGCGUUUAAAUUCACCAGCUUGAAUGACUCCAUGGACAUGAUGCUAGCGAAGAAUAAUGCGCACAUUAUGAAUAAGCGGGCAUACAUUGAGGCCUGGGAAGCUGACAAAACCAAAAUCCAUGUCAUGCCGGAUACUCCAGAGAUUACGUUGGCAAAGCAGAACCAGAUUACAUGCAGCGAUAAACUGUACCGACUUGCAAUGGAAGAGUCUAAGAAGAAAGGCUAUGACUUGCGAUCUGAUGCCAUUGCAAUCAAAGCAGCAAAAGCCUCCAGAGAUAUUGCCAGCGAUUACAAGUACAAGACUGCCUAUCGUAAGCAACUUGGCCACCAUGUUGGAUGCCGCAGUCUUCAGGAUGAUCCCAAGAUGGUCUGGUCCAUGCACGUGGCCAAGAUUCAGAGCGACAGGGAAUACAAGAAGGACUUUGAGAAAACCAAGACCAAGUUCAACAUGCCAGUGGACAUGCUGGACAUCCUGUUGGCUAAGAAAUGCCAGACCCUGGUCAGUGACAUUGACUACAGACGUUACCUACACCGAUGGACUUGUCUUCCAGACCAGAAUGAUGUAAUUCAGGCAAGGAAGGCCUAUGACUUGCAGAGCGAUAUGGUGUACAAAUCAGACCUGGAAUGGCUUCGUGGAAUUGGAUGGAGUCCUGAAGGUUCACUGGAGGUUGAGAAGGUUAAAAAAGCUGGGGAGAUCCUGAGUGAGAAGAAGUAUCGACAGCAGCCAAAUAAAUUUAAGUUUACAAGCAUUCUUGAUUCUCUUGAGCUGGUGUUAGCCAAAAACAAUGCUCAGAAUCUUAAUAAACGCUUAUACACUGAAGCUUGGGAUGCUGAUAAAACCACCAUUCAUGUUAUGCCAGACACACCUGAAAUUCUUCUGGCUAAGAGUAAUUCUGCCAACAUCAGCCAGAAACUUUACCAUGAAGCAUGGGAGAAAUCCAAACUUAAAGGUUAUGACUUGCGUGCCGAUGCCAUUGCAAUCAAGGCAGCAAAAGCAUCUAGAGAUAUUGCAAGCAUGUACAAAUACAAGGAAGCUUACCGCAAGCAGCUUGGUCAUCAUGUUGGAUGCCGCAGCCUCCAGGAUGAUCCCAAAAUGGUCUGGUCGAUGCACGUGGCCAAGAUCCAGAGUGACAGGGAGUACAAGAAGGACUUUGAGAAGACAAAGACCAAGUUCAACAUGCCAGUGGACAUGCUGGACAUCCUACUGGCUAAGAAAUGCCAGACCCUGGUCAGUGACAUUGACUACAGACAUUACCUGCACCAGUGGACCUGUCUCCCAGAUCAGAAUGAUGUGAUCCAGGCAAAGAAGGCCUAUAAUCUGCAGAGUGAUUGGGUUUACAAAUCCGAUAUGGAAUGGAUGCGUGGUAUUGGAUGGAUGCCCAACGACUCCCUUGAUGUUAAGAAAGUGCAGAAAGCCCAGGAGAUUCUCAGUGAGCGACUCUACCGUCAGCCUCCUGAUCGGUUCAAGUUCACCAGUAUCGUUGACGAUCCCAUUAUUGUCCAGGCUAAAACCAAUGCCAACCAACUGAGUGAUCAACUGUACCACAGUGAUUGGGAGAGAGACAAGCUGAUAAUUCACCUUCCAAAUGACACACCUGAGAUACUGUUGUCUAAACAGAACUCUGCAAACAUCAGUUCGAAAUUAUAUAAACAUGCCUGGGAAGAAUCUAAGAUGAAAGGCUAUGAACUCGGAAAAGAUGCCAUCUCUAUUCAGGCUGCAAAAGCUUCCAGAAAUAUUGCCAGUGAUUAUCAAUACAAAAUGGUCUACCGCAAGCAGCUUGGCCACCAUAUUGGAUGCCGAGACAUCUAUGAUGAUCCCAAGAUGGUCUGGUCGAUGCAUGUAGGUAAGAUGCAGAGCGACAGGGAGUACAAGAAGGACUUUGAGAAAACCAAGACCAAGUUCAACAUGCCAGUGGACAUGCUGGACAUCCUGUUGGCCAAGAAAUGCCAGACCCUGGUCAGUGACAUUGACUACAGACAUUACCUGCACCAGUGGACCUGUCUCCCAGAUCAGAAUGAUGUGAUCCAGGCAAAGAAGGCCUAUAAUCUGCAGAGUGAUUGGGUUUACAAAUCUGAUAUGGAAUGGAUGCGUGGUAUUGGAUGGAUGCCCAACGACUCUCUCGACGUUAAGAAAGUGCAGAAAGCCCAGGAGAUUCUCAGUGAGCGACUCUACCGUCAGCCUCCUGAUCGGCUCAAGUUCACCAGCGUUGUCGACCUACCCAGCAUUGUCCAGGCUAAAAUCAACGCAGAGCAAUUAAGUAAUCUAAAAUACAAAGAAGCAUGGGAAAAGGAUAAAUUACAAAUUCAUGUCCUUCCUGAUACUCCAGAUAUAUUGCUGGCAAAAACCAAUGCUGCCAAUGUUAGUCAGAAAAUUUACACAGAUGCCUGGGAAGGUAUGAAGAAGUCUAUAAAUUAUAAUGUUGAUGCUAUAUCUAUUCAAAGUGCAAAGGCUUCCAGAAGUAUUGCAAGUGACUAUAAGUAUAAAGAAUUAUAUCGCAGUCAGCUUGGGCACCAUAUUGGAUGCCGAGAUAUCUAUGAUGAUCCCAAGAUGGUCUGGUCGAUGCAUGUAGGUAAGAUGCAGAGUGACAGGGAGUACAAGAAGGACUUUGAGAAAACCAAGACCAAGUUCAACAUGCCAGUGGACAUGCUGGACAUCUUACUGGCCAAGAAAUGCCAGACCCUGGUCAGUGACAUCGACUAUAGGCAUUACCUGCACCAGUGGACCUGUCUCCCAGAUCAGAAUGAUGUGAUCCAGGCAAAGAAGGCCUAUAAUCUGCAGAGUGAUUGGGUUUACAAAUCCGAUAUGGAAUGGAUGCGUGGUAUUGGAUGGAUGCCCAAUGAUUCCCUUGAUGUUAAGAAAGUGCAGAAAGCCCAGGAGAUCCUUAAUGAGCGACUCUACCGUCAGCCUCCUGAUCGGUUCAAGUUCACCAGCAUUGUCGACCUACCCAUUAUUGUCCAGUCUAAAAUCAACGCAGAACAAUUAAGUGAUGCAAAAUACAAAGAAGCAUGGGAGAAAGACAAACUUCAGAUUCAUGUCCUGCCUGAUACUCCAGAGAUAUUGUUGGCAAAAUCCAAUGCUGAAAAUGUUAGUCAGAAACUUUACAGAGAGGGCUGGGAAAAGAUGAAGAAGUCUACCAAUUAUCACGCUGAUGCUAUGUCUAUUCAAAGUGCAAAAGCUUCUAGAGAUAUUGCAAGUGACUAUAAGUAUAAAGAAUUAUAUCGCAGUCAGCUUGGGCACCUUGUUGGAUGCCGCGACAUCUAUGAUGAUCCCAAAAUGGUCUGGUCGGUACAUACAACCAAGAUGCAGAGUGACAGGGAGUACAAGAAGGAGUUUCAGAAGAGCAAAACCAAGUUCAAUAUACCAGUGGACAUGCUGGAAAUCGUGGCGGCCAAGAAAUGCCAGAACAUGGUCAGUGAUAUUGACUACAGACAUUACCUGCACCAGUGGACCUGUCUCCCAGAUCAGAAUGAUGUGAUCCAGGCAAAGAAGGCCUAUGAGUUGCAGAGUGAUGUUAUUUACAAAUGCGAUAUGGACUGGAUGCGUGGCAUUGGAUGGAUCCCUACAGAUUCUAUUGAUGUUAAAAAAGUAAAGCAUGCCCAGGAUAUUUUAAGCGAUAGAAACUAUCGGAUUAAAGUGGACAGCCUUGCAUUUACGCCUGUGGUUGACAGGUUUGAUUAUGUUGCCGCCAAACAAAGUGGGGCUAUCCUGGACGAUAUAAAAUACCGUGAGGAAUGGAAUGCCAUGAAGACAAAAUACACCCUGGUUGAUACACCUACGAUGGAGUCAGCACGGAAUGCUGCUAAGAACUUGAAUGAAAAAUUGUACAAGGAUGGAUGGGAGAAGCUGAAGGCCAUUGGUUACAAAAUGCCAGCUGAUGCUCUGUCAAUCCGUCAUGCCAAGUCAUCACAAGGCAUCCAGAGUGAGCUCAAGUAUAAAGCGGAAUACGUCAAAGGACUUGGGCAUCUUAUUGGAAGCCGCUGCGUUAGUGAUGACCCCAAAAUGGUUUGGUGCCUGCAUGUUGGCAAGAUGCAGAGUGACCUGGAGUACAAGAAGGAAUACGAGAAAGUCAAAUGCAAGUUCUCCAUACCCGUUGACAUGUUAGACAUCCUGAUGGCCAAAAAAUGCCAGACACAAGUUAGUGAAAUUGACUACAGGCAUUACCUGCAUGAGUGGACCUGUCUCCCAGACCAGAAUGAUGUGAUCCAGGCACGGAAGGCCUACAAUUUACAGAGUGAUUUCUUGUACAAGUCUGAUCUUGAAUGGGUACGUGGUUGUGGCUGGAUUCCACUGGAUUCAGUCGACCAUCAAAAGGUGAAAAGGGCACAGGAAAUAUUAGAUGAUAGAGCCUAUAAAGGAAAUGCCAUCGCCAACUUUGCUAAUUUUACCUCCAUCACUGACCUUCCAGAAGUGGUUCAGGCUAAGAUUAACACCCACAAUUUGAGUGAUCUGAAGUACAAGGAAACAUUUAACCUUGAGAAAGGCAAGUAUAUCGGAGCCAGUGACACACCUCAGCUGGAACAUUCAAGGGAAAUGGCAAAGCAUUUUAGUCAGAACUGUUAUAAGGAUGCAUGGGAGACCAGCAAAGCUUUAGGAUACACUUUGCCUCCAGACUAUCUUCCUUUGGUUGUUGCAAAACAUGCCGAAAAUGUGAGCAGCAAUCUGAAGUACAAGGAACUGUAUGAAAAGCUCAAGGGACAUUACCUGGCUGGUGGAGAUAUCAAAGAUUUCCCUGCUAUAAUCCAUUCAAUGGCUAUGGGCAAAAUGAGGAACAUGAUGGAUUACAGGCAGGAUUAUGAGAAAACUAAGACUGCAAUUCACAUUCCCAAUGACAUGAUAAGCAACAUAGUGGCAAAGAGGUGUCAGCAGAUUCUCAGCGACAUUGAAUACCGCACCUAUCUUCAUGAAUGGACCUGUCUGCCUGAUGAGUACGAUGUCAUUCGUGCCAAGAAUGCUCAAGAGAUCUUAAGUGAUUACGUGUACAAGGAUGAUCUGAACUGGCUGAAGGGCAUGGGAUGUUAUGUUUGGGACACGCCAGAAAUACUACAAGCUAAGAAGUCCUAUAACUUACAGAGUGAGAUUAAGUACAGAAUUGGUGGAAAGAAGAAUUUUGAGAACUACACUGUUGUUACAGAUACACCAGUCUAUGUGACUGCUGUCCAGAGUGCUAUUCACUUAAGUGAUAAUAAAUACAAAGAGGAUUAUGAGAAGACCAAAGACAAAUACACAACUGUUUUGGACACUGUGGAUUACAAUCGGACCAAUGAACUUAAAACUAUAUUUAGCAAUAAUGCCUACAAACAUGCCUGGGACACAAUCAAAGCAACAAGCUACACAAUCCCUGGUGAUUCCUUCUCAAUAGCUUUGGCCAAGAAUCAGAAAAAUAUUCUUAGUCCGAUAAAGUACCGGGAACAAUACGAGAAGUUAAAGGCUCUUUAUACGCUGCCAAACUCUGUGGAGGAAGAUCCUCGUACACUGCACUGCCUGAAAACUGGAAAAUUAAUCCUUGAUCGUCUGUAUAGGGAUAAUUAUGAAAAGAACAAGAUGAAGAUACACAUCAUGCCUGAUAUGAUGGAGGUGGUUGCUGCCAAAGACACUCAGGCUAAGGUCAGCGAUAUUGACUAUCGCAAGUACCUUCAUGAAUGGACAUGUCUGCCAGAUCUGCAGAUUAACAUUCAUGCCAGGAAAGUUGGCGAACAGUUAAGCGAUGUUCUCUACAAAGAUGACCUUAAUUGGCUUAAAGGAAUUGGAUGCAAUGUGUGGGACACUCCACUGAUUCUUCACGCCAAGAAAACCUAUGAUCAGCAAAGUGACAUUCAGUACAAGUUGAAGGCUGAGGCAACAAGGUUGAACUUCACACCAGUUAUGGAAACACCAGUCUACACACAAGCUGUCAACAGUACUCAACAGCUCAGUGAAAAGAUCUAUCGGAACGACUAUAUGAUAAAUAUUAAAGGCAAGGUUGGCCCAACCACGAAGACUAUAGAGCUGGAUAGAGCCAGAGAGGCCAAUAAAUUACAGAGUGAGAACCUGUACCGUGACGUUGGUCGAAGCAAUCUUCCCAAGGGAUAUACCCUUCCAGCAGAUAUUCCAUCCUUAAAACACGCUAGGCACGUUGACCAUAACCGCAGUGAUCUGAAGUAUAAAGAAGCUUAUGAACACAUGAAAGCUAAAGGCUACACAUUGAUCCCUGAGACCAUCAGUAUCACAGCAGCCAAGAAAGCAGAUACCAUCUUGAACCAGCGACUGUAUCGAUUAAAAUAUGACAAGCUGAAAGACAAGAUUCAUCCCUCUCCUGACACUCCGGAAAUUCGGCAAGUCAAAGCCACGCAGGAGGCAGUCAGCGAUCUGUCCUAUAAGUCUGAGUACUUCUUGCACAAGGGUGAGAAGAUUUCUCUUCCUAUCACUCCUGAGCUGAUCCAUCAUCGAUAUGUGGGUGAAAUAACCAGCGAUAAUAAAUAUAAGGAAGAUCUUCAAUGGCUGAAGGGCACCGGAUGCUUCCUGUAUGAAACUCCUGAAAUGGUCCGAGUGCGUGAUUUCCACAAGUUUUGGACUGGUUAUGACAAAGUUGCCAAGAAAAUGCUUGACAAACAUACCUCUGUUCUUAAUACUCCUGAAUACAGACGUGUGACAGAACUGAAGACUCACUUGAGCAAUCUGGUGUACCGUGCUGACGGAAACAAAGUGAAGAGUCGGUACACAACAACACUUGGAACGGUGGAUCUCAACCGAGCCAAACAUGGUCAGCAGAUUCAGAGCCAGUACUUGUAUGUUGAAUUAGCUACAAAGGACAGACCACACUACAUCCCUCAUGUACAAACCACAUCACUAGAGCAUGCCAAGCACGUCAAGCACUUUGCCAGUGAGAAAAAAUACAAGGAACAAUAUGAAAAGUUGAAGAGCAAAUACACAUCGAUCCCAGACACACCAAUGCUGUUGUCAUCCAAGAAAGCUUAUGUCAAUGCCAGUGAUUUACGGUACAAGGAAGCCUUUGAGCAUUCUAAAGGGCGGUGUAGGACGGUGAAAGAUGCUCUGAACAUCAUCUACCAUCGCAAGGUCACAGAUGAUAUCAGUGAGGUGAAAUACAGGGAGAAGUAUAUCCAACAGCUGGGGCUGUGGAAAUCAAUUGCUGAUCUACCCGAGCAUUUCCAUCACAAGAUUGUAACUGAAGCAAUCAGUGAUGUGAAAUAUAAGGAAGACUUGCAAUGGUUGAAAGGAAUUGGGUGUUAUGCAUGGGACACUCCUGAUCUGGUGCUGGCAGAGAAGAACAAGGUGCUCUACAGCCAGAACAAAUACCAGGAAUCUGUCGCAAAACUCAGAAACAACUUCAAAUACACUGCAGAUACUCCACACAUCAGACACGCGAAGGAGGCAAUGGCCAUUUUAGAUGAGAAAACAUACAAAUCUGAGGCCAAGCUCAAACUGAGACGAGGAUGUAAUGAAUUUAUGCGUCCCGAGAUGCUGACUGCCAUGUACAAUACAGUGUUGGGAAGCCAGUGGAACUACAAGAAGAACUACGAAAAGACAAAAGACAAAUUUACAUCCAUUCUGGACACUCCCAGCAACAUCCGAACUAAAAAAGUGACCGAUUUUAUCAGUGAUAUAAAGUAUAAACUGGAACACAACCAGAAUAGAUCCAAGGGAUAUACUUCUAUCCAUGAUACACCAAUGCUGCUACACAUGCAGAAGGUGAAGGACAGAAUCAGUGCUUUGAAAUACAAAGAACUAUACGAAAAGAACAAAUCUCAAAUCAACAUUGAUGCUGAUGCCGUUCAAAUUAAGUCCGCCAAGAAUGCGUACAAGAACACAACUAAUCUUGAUUAUAAGAAGAAAUACGAGGCCACCAAGGCGAAAUGGAUAUGGACUGUGGACAGACCUGACUUCAUACAGGCAUCCAAGGCUUCACAGCAGCAGAGUGAGGUGGACUACAAAUUGGACAAAGAAUUCCUGAAGGGCUGCAAGAUCUCUGUGCCCAUUCUGGGAGACAAGAACAUGGCAUUAGCCGUACAAAAUACAGAUCUGGCCAGUGGCGUGAAAUACAGAGAGAUGCAUGAAAAGGAAAGAGGCAUCUACCAACCGGUUCCAGACACACCACAGAUGCUUCAUGCUAAAGCUGUCUCUACCCUCAUGUCUGAGAAAAAAUACAAAGAGGCUGUGAAGAAAGAACUUCCCAAUGCUGCUUACAUGAAGCUACCUGAGACUCGUGGAACUUCACAUGUAAAAGAGGUGUCCAAGUUACUCAGUGGGAAAGUGUACAAGGAGAAGUUUGAGAAAGAUAAAGGCAAGUCCUCCUAUUCCAUAAUGAUGGAACCUCCUGAAGUGAGACACGCAAUGAAUGUGGCCAAGACUCAGAGUGAUAUUCAGUACAAGAAAGAGGCCAAGUCCCAGCUGGCAUACAGUUCUGUGGCAGAUCGACCAGAUAUUAUUAAAGCCACUGAGGCUACCAAGUUAAUAAGUGAUAUUGGAUAUAGAACAAAAGCACGAGAGGAGGCAAGCCGAGGUAUAACCAGCCUUGGACGCCCAGAUAUUGAACUUGCCAAAGAGGUCUCCAAACUUACGAGCCAGGUGGAAUAUACCAAACAGAAACUCAGAGGCCACGGAGCUGCUUCAUAUGACACUCCUACGAUGAGGGUUGCAAAGAAAGCAAAUAUACUCUCAAGCAACGUUAAAUAUAAAGAAAAGUUUGAUAAGGAGGUUAAGGGAAAGAGACCGAAGUUCGACUUGAAGGAGAGUUCGGGAUACAAGUCAAUGAAAGAUGCAACCAUUUUUGCCAGUGAAAUUAAGUACAAGGAGGAUCUGAAGAAGAUGCACAAGCCUGUGACAGAUAUGUCCGAAUCUUUACAGAUGCAGCAUAACCUCUCCACUAGCAAGUUGUCAAGUCAAUACCAGUACAAGAAGGAGUUUGAGAAGAGUAAAGGUCACUACCAGCUGGUGGCCGACUCACCUGGGCAUCUUCAUCUGAAAGAGGCGACUGAGUUACAGAGUCAAAUCAAAUACAAAGAGCAAUACGAGAAGGAGAGGGGGAAGGCAAUGCUGGACUUUGAAACACCUGUCUACAUCACUGCCAAGGAAUCUCAGCACAUGCAAAGUGAGAAAGAAUAUAAAAAGGAUUUGGAAGAGCACAUAAAAGGCAGGAACCUCUCUGGCUUGGAGAUUACACCGGCAAUGUUGCAUGUCAAAUAUGCUACUAAGAUAGGCUGUGAGAAAGAGUACAGGAAGGAUUUGGAAUAUGGAGUCAAAGGCAAAGGCUUAACGGUAUUAGAGGAAACUCCAGAGAUGAUGCGAGCAAAGAAUGCGACGUACAUUUUGAACGAGAAAGAGUACAAGAGGUCAUUGGAGGAAGAAAUAAAGGGUAAGGGGCUUGUGGCAUUUGCAAAUGAAACACCUGACAUGGCCAGAGCAAAGAACGCCACGGAUAUUUUAAGCCAGGUAAAAUACAAACAAUUGGCUGAAAAGGAGAGGUCGAACUACACCACAGUCAUUGACACGCCUGACAUUAUUCAUGCUCAAAAUGUGAAAUACCUGAGCAGCCAGAAACAAUACAAGGCCGAAGCAGAAAAGACCAUGUCUCAUUACGUUCCCGUAAUUGACACACCUGAGAUACAGAGAGUCCGGGAGAACCAGAAGAACAUCAGCAUGCUUCAGUACACUUCAGAGCUUAAACAUAUUAAAGGAAAGGUCACCACAGUAAAAGACACACCUGAAAUCCUGAGAGCUAAAGAAAACCAAAAGAAUUUCAGCUUGAUCGCAUAUAAGGAAGAUAUUGGUACUGGAACAUCAAUUAAGGAAACACCAGAGAUGGAGAGAGUCAAAAGGACACAAGAAGCGAUUAGCUCGAUCAAGUACAAGGAAAGUGUUGGGCAAGGAACAGCAAUCUCUGACCUGCCUGAGGUGAAACGUGUAAAGGAGACACAGAAGAACAUCAGCUCGAUCCAAUACAAGGAAAGUAUUGGGCACGGAACAGCAAUCUCUGACCUGCCUGAGGUGCAGCGUGUUAAGGAGACACAGAAGAACAUCAGCUCGAUCAAAUACAAGGAAGGUGUUGGGCAAGGGACUGCAAUCUCUGACCUGCCGGAGGUGCAGCGUGUAAAGGAGACGCAGAAGAACAUCAGCUCGAUAAAAUACAAGGAAGCUGUCGGGCAAGGAACGGCAAUCUCUGACCUACCAGAAGUGCAGCGUGUAAAGGAGACGCAGAGGAACAUCAGCUCGAUAAAAUACAAGGAAGCUGUCGGGCAAGGAACGGCAAUCUCUGACCUACCAGAAGUGCAGCGUGUAAAGGAGACGCAGAGGAACAUCAGCUCGAUCCAAUACAAGGACAGUGUUGGACCGGGAACAACAAUCUCUGACCUGCCGGAGGUGCAGCGUGUUAAGGAGACACAGAAGAACAUCAGCUCGAUCAAAUACAAGGAAGGUGUUGGGCACGGAACAGCAAUCUCUGACCUCCCUGAGGUGCAGCGUGUUAAGGAGACACAGAAGAACAUCAGUUCGAUCAAAUACAAGGAAGGUGUUGGGCAAGGGACUGCAAUCUCUGACCUGCCGGAGGUGCAGCGUAUAAAGGAGACACAGAAGAACAUCAGUUCGAUCUUAUACAAAGAAAACCUGGGUAAAGGGACCUCAGUGGUAUAUACACCAGAGAUGCAACGCGUUAAGCGCAAUCAAGAAAACAUUAGCUCGGUUCUGUACUCCGACAGCUUCCGCAAACAAGUGCAAGGCAGGGCGUCUUAUGUGUUGGACACACCAGAGAUGAGGCGUGUACGGGAUUCUCAGCGCAACAUAUCUACGGUGAAAUACCAUGAAGACUUUGAGAAGACCAAGGGAAGCUUCACUUCUGUAGUUAACGAUCCCAUCACAGAGCGUGUGAAGAAGAACAUGCAGGAUUUCAGUGACAUAAGCUACCGUGGAAUCCAAAGACGGGUUGUGGAGAUGCAGAGGCGACGUGUGGAAAACGAAGAAAGCCUCACAGAUCUACGUGUAUGGCGUACAAAUCCUGGCUCUGUCUUUGAUUAUGACCCAGCUGAAGACAACAUUCAGUCCCGGAGUCUACAUAUGUUGAGCAUUCAAGCCCAGCGUCGCAGCCGUGAACACUCACGUUCUGCUAGUGCCCUGAGCCUGAGUGGAGGUGACGAGAAAUCCGAACUUUCCGAACCUGAACAUACCAUUACCUAUUACAAUGGAAACAACAACUUAUUCCAGACAUCAUCCACCAUAUCUUACCAACAAACCAAAACCACCGUGCUGCCACAGCAGAGAUCGUCCUCUGUGGCUACACAACAGACCACAGUGUCAUCGAUUCCUUCUCACCCUUCAACAACUGGCAAAACCUACCGUGCUAUAUACGAUUACAUAGCAGCUGAUGCUGAUGAAGUCUCUUUCAAAGAUGGUGAUGUCCUUAUGAACGUUCAGUCUAUUGAUGAAGGAUGGAUGUAUGGAACCGUGCAAAGAACAGGAGUGACAGGCAUGCUACCUGCCAACUAUGUGGAAGCCAUAUAAACCAGGCCAAUUCCUUAAGAUAGCUCUCAACCUCCCCACUCCAAAGCAAUAUGCAACACCAAACUCCUUUUAAACUGAAUUCCCUGAUUUUGUAGCUGGGUAUGGGUGGGGGCAGUAAAUAGAAAUGGACUAUAACUAAUUAUCUUAAUUUACCCUCCAGCAAAUUAUAUAUAAAACAGAAAUGAAUGAGAAUGAUGAACUCUAGGUACAUGAAAGUGCUGUCUAGAGGUUUUGCCCCUGCAUUAACUGGUUUUCUGUAGUAAUGAAAUCUGUGCUUUGAAUAAAAUUUGACCUUGAUUAUGUGCACUCAAACCAUAUUAGAUAAUCCCAUUCAUUAGGAAAUUUUUUGAAUGGCAGAUUUGUACUAUAAUGUUAGAAUUUCACUCGUGUUCAACUACAAGCUCUCAAACUCUUUAACUUACAAGAAAUUCAGUAUCUGAUUGCAUUUUUUAAAAAUCAACGUCACCAAAAGAUCUUAAUAACCAAAAUUUUAAACCCUCAAAUCAUUAAGCUUCCUAACUUUCACAUUAAUGGCAGACUUGUAUAUGUACCAAAUGUUGUCUCAUCUGAUAACCAACUGUGGGUCAAAUAAAGCUGUUUCU